CUCUUGUCCUGUAGCUGCUCUCCCUCCUCUCUCUCUCUUGCUCUCUCUCCCCUCUUUUCUACACUCUUCUUUUUUCUGUGUUUGAAUGGAUAAGCUGGGUUCUUCGGACCCUGCAUACCCGUCUCAGGGUGCAGGGCCCACUGCAGAGGAUUCGGUUGCCAAGUCUGCUGCAGUUGAGGGAAAUGAGGCGUCAGCAGCGGUCAGCUCCAAACUGUUUCGAUGUCCAUGCCUGGUCCGUUGGAUACCUCUGGCCUACAGAGAAGAACUCUACCAGGUCUUAAGACUCACAGGCCCAUUGGUGAGUAGAGUGGGGGAAAGUUGAAGUGUUGGAAGCGGGGGAUGGUAUGUUUUUAAUGCUGGGCUGUACACUCUUGUUAACAGGGUUACAGUCAAAUGUGGGUUUUUACAGGCAACGAUCAUGUUGUGCAUUUAACUACCUAAAACUCUGAAAUGUAUGUAGAGAUUCUGCUAAAGGUGAACUAAGGUGAGCAUGUCAUGCACAUGCAAACCUUAUUAUCCAAAAUGCUGCCUACUUUAAUAUAACCUUUCUAGUGUAUAUACACUCUUAUCUGCUUCACCAGCUCCACCUGAUCUGCGAUGAACCAUUUUGGAAAUGAGUCAAAUCUUUCUGUUUGUCUUUGCAGCUGCUGUCUCGAAUAUUGAACUUCCUCCUGCCGUUUGUCAUCACGAUAUUUUGUGGUCACAUUGGAAAUGCAGAGCUGGCUGGAUAUGGACUCGCAUCAGCGGUAAUGUCUUCAUGUUUACUGAGUUUUUUCUGUUAAUUUAUUUAUUUAUCAUACCUCUUUCCACUGAAGUACAAUUACCGUUUCUGCUAAUUGUUUAGCUUCUGCUCUUCUCAUUGUUCAUCUGCUUUUAUUUCUGCUGCUAUUUUGUCUGCGGUUCAGGAAAAGAUCAUCUGAGAAUAUUUUGUGUAAGUUUGUUUGUGUGUGUGGAUUUGUUGCAAUGAAGAUUUGCCCGCAUGUGUUCUGGGUUUCACUGGCCUUCAAAUGCAUGCAGCACACACUGCAAAUAUACACCAGAGUCAAACCCACACGAGCCCUGAAAGCAGUUUAAAUAAAUCAAUAAUUACAAAAAUAGAUAAAUAUAAGCUGAUCUGUAAAGCAAAAUUUUAAACAUAGCAUUGCACAGAAUGUAAAAAACACAAUUAGGUAUUAGACAAUGCAUUUGCAAUCGAUCCGGUUUCAGUGUGUGAAAAAGAAAAGCUAAAUGUAUGCUUUUCUGAUGUUUAUGUGAGUCGAGAACUGUGUUCGUUUUCACAUCUGGAAAGACACUGCAUGGUAAUCCAGAGUCUGGACCACUGACUGUGACCUCCAAAGCUUUGUUGCAUGCAUUGUGCAAAUCCAGCAUCAUAACUCCACUUCCCUUUAGAGUUUAGCUCUUGAUCUUCAUUUUUGGGAGACUCCAACCCUGUGUACACAACAUGAAUAACAUUUUAAUGGAAAAAUAUGUGUAAAUGAAAAAUCAAAGCAAGUAAAAUCAGAUAUGGUCCCCUCACAGAUAUGGGUUUUAAUUUUACAGAGACAACAGCAGAUCAUAAAUUUUACCUGCAGUGAUUUUGAUUAAGUUUCCAGUGUGUGCACUCCUUAUACCUACGGUGGGCUUCCUGUUGUCUGCUUCUGGAGCAUUUUCUCCACACAUUUUUUUAAAGAUGUUGCUCUUCUCCAUAAAGACCACCUGUUGUUGCUGAAAAAGAACGUGUUGACUGUAUCCACAUGUGUGACAAAACAGGGCCCCCCUGGACCGCCUCUCUCAGAAUCGGUCCUUUUUGUUGCGCGGUUUCCAGGAAAUACAAAAUCACACAUUAGUCACAGAAGCAGCUAAGAGAUCUUAGUGUCAAAGUAAUUUACGUAUUCAAAGACAGGAAGACGAAGUUAGCAUAGUGCAUUUGAACUUCAGAAAUAAAGGCUAACCUGCAGUGUUUUCUUGUACAAUUCUGCACCUUUCAGACGAUUAAUGUGACCACAGUUGCAACAGGCUAUGGCCUAGCCUUAGCAUGUGACACGCUCAUUUCUCAGGUAAGCGAACCGCAUCCGGAGUGGCAUAUUGUUAUUGUGUAUUAUCAAUAGAAAAGUUGGAAUUUCAUCCUAAGAGUUUUCUUUUAUACUUUACAGACAUUUGGCAGUAAAAACAUGAAGCGUGUGGGAGUUAUUCUACAGAGGAGCUCAUUAAUCCUGCUGCUGUUUUGUCUGCCCUGUUGGGGUGUUCUCCUCAACACUCAUAAUUUACUUCUCAUGCUGCAACAAGAUAACGAGGUAGCAAGGUAAAUUUCAAACAAAUGAAAACCUUGCAUAUGUCUGCGCUGAUGCUACGUAGCCAUUUAUUCUCAUGUUCUGUUAAAGACACAUUUGUAAAUUUCACUAGAUAACAGAAACAUCUGAAACAUACUGAAAAAAAAAAGAAAGUUAAAGGAAUAUUCCAGCGUAAAACACUGUAACACAGAGUUAGACACCCCCUUGAGAGAUGAAUGUUGCCGACCGCUUGUUUCUCUAGUUAUGCCAACUUUAGUAACGACUGCACAAUAGGAAUACACAGCCGUCUGAGGAGCCACGUGCACACCUCAACCAAAAAGCCACUCUAUAGCCACAAAUAAUGCUCAGAACAGCACCUAACUUCAUCAUCAGUACAUAUAGGGUCCCAGCCAUAGCACUAGCCACUAAACAUCUUUUUAGCUUUGCCUGAUUUUUUCAGCAAAGAGACUAAACACAACUCACCCUCUCUCUUCCAGCAGCCGCUUGUUUGUAGGGAGACCUUGGGCCAGUCCAUCACCGACUGCAGCGGGGUGACGCAGUUCAAGGAAGAACAUUUAUAAUCAUAACUUUAACAUUUCCUUGAAGUAAUAAUCAUCAUUUUAAUCAUUUUGCACUGCAGAUGUAGUUCCUCUGCCUUAGCGUCUCGGUCUAAUUGUGUUUCCAUUAAGUAAUGAUUAUAAAUGUUCUUCCUUGAGCUGUGUCACCCCACUGCAGUCGGUGAUGGACUGAUCAAGGUCUUGCUACAAACAAGUGGCUGCUGGAAGAGAGUAGGUGAGUUGUGUUUAGGCUCAUUGCUAAAGAAAUCAGGCAAAGUUAAAAAGAUGUUUGGUGGCUAGUGCUGUGGCUGGGACUCUAUGUUCUGUUGAUGAAGUUAGGUGUUGUUCUGAGCAUUAUUUGUGGCUAUAGAGUGGCGUUUUGGUUGAGGUGUACACGUGGAUCCAUAGACCGAUGUGUAUUGCUAUUGUGCGGUCGUUUCUAAAGUUGGUAUAACUAGAGAAGCAAGCAGUCGGCAACAUUCAUCUCUCAAGGGGGUGUCUAACUCGGUGUCACAGUGUGUUUGACCCUAACUUAAUUUUACGCUGAAUAUCCCUUUAAGCAAAAGGCUACAGCUUUGCAUGGACUGCCAUUAUACAAUGGAUACAACAGCUCUCAAAUUCAACCACACACAAACAUACACAAGAGAAAAUUGUGGCAUAUUGAGUCGCCAUUAAGAAGGCGCUGUAGGAGAUGCUCAGCAGAGCAGCAGAAUGAGAUCUUUUUUAAUUAACAGCAGUGCUGACAUGUACAGCAUAUAUGUUGUAAUAUUUCAUAUUGGGCAUAGGUUGAAACAUUCACUCAUGUAUUUGCAUAAACUACUAAAUAAAACACAUUUUGUUUGAAUAUCAUGGAUGCAGAUUAAUUUACUUCACUGUAUGUCUUUAUUUAUUUCAUUAGGGAGAAAUUAAAGAGGAUGAUAUCUGAACAUAAAAGUAAAUUGUUUUGUGUUUUUCCAACAAGUUAAUUUCACUCUGUAUGCCUCCCCCACAGAACCGCCCAAAUCUAUGUGAUGGCAUUUAUUCCAGCUGUUCCAGUGAGUGCAAUAAACAACUCAUAAUCUUAAGAAAUGAAGUGUGGACUAUUGUGGAAAUAUUUAACAGUCUAAUUUUUCAAUACACAUUGUAUUUUGCAAUAUAGCUCUGUAAUUUCAGCUACACAUUAAGCACAUGAAAGACAUGAAAGUCUUAUUCUCUUACUGUCAUUUUUCUCUCUCCCUGCUGCAGGCCUUCUUCCUGCACCAGCUGCAAGUUGCUUACCUCCAAAACCAGGUGAGCUGGUCAAGUUUUCUGAUACCUGGGCUAAUCAUUACAAUCUGAGGAGGUUUUUUUUUUUUUGUAAAGAAAACCAAGUCCAGUGCUCCAGUACAAUGGAUGGGCUACAGGUAUGAAGUAGUAAUGGAAAGUCAGCUGGUCUGCUCAGCCAGAGAGAGACAGAGAGAUGACAUGUAAAUGGCCAACAUGUUUAACAGCAGAUCUAGCUGGCCAAGAAAAUAACAGGUCAUUGCCGUAUUAUUGGUGGCAGCUUAGAGUUAUGUUACAGGGCUGAACAAAGCUCAGAUGGACGGUGAAAUGGGCUUAACACACUGAAACUUACUGAUCUUUUCAAAUCAAACAAGGGCUUACUCGCCUUUUCAAGAGAUGAUUGUUGCUUCACAUUUUAGCCAGUGUACACUUAGUUUAACCACUUUAUUUGACUGUGAAUCUGAGUGUAGGACUACUUAUGGCAGCUUGUGUGUUAUGAGCGCCAUUGAGAAGAUACUCCACUGCAGGACCAUCCUAAAUACUGUCUGCAGCAUAUUAAUUUGGCACAGUGAAUAGAUUGUUAAGGUGCAAGUACUUGAGAAGUCUCAUAGGUGUACAUGUAUCAUAAGUUAAUUCUUUCAAGCCAACCAGAAUAGAGGACUUACUAAGACCAAGACCAACUGGAUUAAGUUGUUGCCAUGGUAUAACGGUAAAAGUGUUGUCCUCUUAGUAGUAUUGGGAGUAGAGAGAGAAUGAGAUAUCGAUAUUUAAUCACUGAAUUAAUUUUUUCUCUUUGCAUUACUGACGAGCUCCCAUGGUGUGCAAACUCCGGUUUACAGAUCUUUCAGGCAGUUUUUUUCUUUGCAGCACUGAGGGUAAAAUAGCACCAGACUUUAGAAUUUACCAUACAUUGGCUACUCCCAUGUUUCCCUGCUUUGUUUACCUGUUGCCUCACAGUUCCUGUUUUGCAUGUGCCACACAUCAGAGAAGGUAAUAAGGAUGCAAAAGAUGUCUCACUUAUGAACGAUUGAGCUCCAAAACUGCCAACAAACUGUUAAAACCUCGACCUCUGGUCACAUUUUAUUCACCUUCAAUGACCCAUGACUAAAACCACUCUUGAAUAGUUUCUCCAACACCACUCAGGUAUUCAUUGUUGGAUUAAUCAGUCCAGUAUUUGGUUGGAUGACUCAAAAUAUGAUGACUUUCCACACGGUCAUCAGUCUACAUUGUGUUUGUAAACUCACAUUAAGCUGUGAGCAAGUCUCCUUAUAACAGGCUGUGGCCUCUAAGCCUCAUUACCAAUGAAGUGGUGUUAUGAUUGUCUUGAAUUGUUUUUCUCCAGAACUUGUUUGAAUAAUAUUCUUAAAGUUUUAAUUGUAAGGGUCAGGCUGACCGUGGCUGUUUUUUCUCUUCUGUCAGGGGAUCAUUCUGCCUCAGAUGUACACAGCAGCAGCUGCAAACGUUAUCAAUGCCGCGGUCAACUACGUCUUAAUCUUCAGCCUCCAGUUGGGCGUCAUGUGAGUGCUUCUUCACCUUUUAAUAGUAGAUGGACUCAGGCGCAGGUUCUAUAACCUAUAAGACAUCCCUCAGCUGUUAAUGCAGAGAAACACUCUUGAGUCUCCUGUUCACUUCACUAAAAAAUGAGAGGGCUGUGGUUUGCCUCAUAGCUACGGGGCUUGGAAAGAAACUGAAAGGAGGUUAGAGAACUCAUAAUAUAUUUAAGUCUCUCAGGGAACAAAAACAUGUUUUCUUGUUAAAAACAGAGUCAGCAGUACGCUCAUGUUUAUUAUUUUUGUGCUUUACUUAGUGAGGGAGGCAGUGUUUCCAGAGAGAGUAAGAGAGAGAAAGAGAGACUAUUGUGGCCCAGCUGGACAAACACUUUCUUCAACAGGCAGUCAACUCAAAAAAUUCUGUUUCUAUUGUCAGGUCAGGUCAGGUCAGUUCCCUCCCCUCUCCACAAGGAGUGUUUCAAAUUCUUAAGGCCCCUUUUCACCAUUAUACAGUAUACUCAGACCAUAAUUACUUGAAGUGUCUCAAUGCUGACCUCUUUUAACCCUCUCAGGGCAGUUUGAAUGGUAGUCUAACUCUUUUUUUAACCCUAGAGUAAUGUGAAAUGAUGCAACUUAAAUUGACACUGUUUAUUCAUCAAGAAUCAUACUUGAAUUUACGAAAAUAAGGAACUAUGCAAAAAGUACUGCUUUAUUUUUAUGUUUUUAAAGUCACACUCCCAUUUUUUUUUUUACUACCUAAAGUGUUCUCAAAGGUCUUUAAAUUGUGAUUAUGAAGUUUUUAGCCAAAAUCACGUAACCUGUGUCAUUUUCAAGGGCUUUUCUUCUGCAGUAGCUCAUUAGCAAUUCGUCUCUGAGUUGUGGGCGGAGACAGCGCUGCUUUGCACGCUCGUCUUCACGUUAGCUUGCAGCCUAACAUUGUCGGUGUAGUAGACGUGGUAGGUAACAUAGGCGCCAUUCAGGUCUUGGACACUAAUGUCUUUGGGGACAUGAUGAAAGCUAACACCAUAAUUAACUUUCUUACGAGCAUUGCAAUCAGCUAACGCACACGCUUGUUCCGCAAUCGUCCUCUCUAUUUAAGCGAGUGUGGCCUGCAUAGCGGGGCUCGGGGGCGGAGCUUGGAGCUUUACUACGUAGGAAAUCUGGCUGUUUCUGAACCUGCCGUUUGGGUCUGCCAGAGAUCUACAGACAUAGACAUAUAGACAACAAGAAAAACAUAAUUUUCAUCAGAAUGGGUCUCUAGGAAACUUGGGGCUAUAAGACUGUUUCAAACUGCUCACUUGGUCUUUAGUUAGAAAUGGAGAGGUAGCUAAUUUACACGCAAAUUAGGAUUUUCUUCUAAAGUAACAAGAUUUAUUCAUGUGUGUUUUCAGCGGAUCGGCCAUGGCUAACAGCUUCUCUCAAAUCACGAUCUGCUUGCUGUUGUUUGGCUACAUCAGAUGGAAGAAGCUUCAUGUGCAGACAUGGGGAGGUGAGUUACUAAUGCAAAUGUACACAUCAGACGCUCAAUAUAAACAAAUCUGCCAAGUAGAAGUGAUGCAUGUCGGUAUUUUCUUACCCCUUUCAUAACUCUUCGAUGUCAAACUGUGUGCAGGCUGGUCCACAGAUUGUCUGCAGGAGUGGGGCUCCUACAUGAAGCUAGCGAUUCCAAGUGCUUUCAUGACUUGCUUCGAGUGGUGGAUCUGGGAGAUUGGAGGUUUCUUUGCUGGUUAGUACAAAAUUAACUCAUCUUCAUUGAUAAAUUAAAAACAAAAUUUAUUCCACUCAAACUAGCAGCAUUACGUGUGCAAAUGCAGUUGAUGUGUGGUUAUGUUUGCAGUUUGGACAUGAAGUUUAGUCAACAUGGUGUGAAACGGUCUAUUAAUGAGUGACACCAAACUUUUUCAAACCAGGUGUACUUGGUGAAGUGGAUCUCGCUGCCCAGCAUGUGAUGGUGGAAUUAGGAGCCAUAACAUACAUGGUAUGGAUAUUCAUUUUGUUCAAUGUAGGAAUAUGCCUUCCCGCUCUAUGUGCUAAUGUUAGACCAGGACACAGAUGAGAAGUCCGGUUAGCUUAGCUUAGCAUUAACAGAAAGCUGCCCUGGCUUUAAAAAAUACAAAAAAAGCAAGCAACCAUAUCUCACCAUCCUUGCAGUUUCCUCUAGGUGUCAGUGCAGCUGCCUGUGUGCGUGUAGGAAAUGCUCUGGGGGCUGGAAAUACAUCCAGGGCUUUAAUCACCUGCAAAGUGGCCCUGUUUGUAACAGGUACAGAAGAAGCACAUUUGUGGAUAUCCUUGUUAGCACAAAUACCAGAUUCUGGUACAGCUCUUCAGGUUUCAACCCUCAUGUAAUGUCUUUGUUAUAGGAACAAUUGCUGUGUUUCAGGGUAUCUUACUUGCUAGCACUAAGUCUGUCCUUGGCUACAUAUUUACCUCAGAUGAGUGAGUAUCUGACUAAAAGACCCUAAUUUCUGUACCAUGUGAAGGUAAGACUGUUGUUAUAGUGAGGUUUUUUUCUUCUCUCUGCAGGCAAAUUGUGAAGAUCGUCUCACAGAACCUCACGAUUAACACAUUUGUUCAGUUUUUUGAUGCAAUUCUGGUACGUUUUUACAUGACACAACAAAAGUUUUUGUUUUAUGCUCUUGGCUUGUCUUGUUUAAUGGGAACCUGUUUUUUUUUAAUUCACCAUCACAAUCUGUGUGAAUGUUUUCCCAGUGUGUCUGCUCAGGGAUUCUUAUAGGAGCUGGGAUGCAGAAAAUUGCUGCCUUGUCCAACCUGGUCAGCUACUACUGCAUCGGUCUGCCAGUAGGAUGGGCUUUAAUGUUUGUUGCCGAGCUCAGGAUACUCGGUAAUUAAACACAUUUAGUCUUUGUUUUUUGUUUUACAAACAGCAAGUACCAUAGUGAGUCUAGGAUUUAUACAAACCCUUUUUCAUGAUCCCCCGUUGUAGACCCAAAGGGCUCUAUUUUCGUGUCCGCCGAGGAUGCGGCGGAGGGUGGCGGACCCCACGCAGUGGUAUUUUCGUCUGGCGGAGCCCGGCCCACAGCCAGCUUGGUAUUUUCGUAGACUUUCUUGUGGAAAAGGAUGUUUGUCUUACCAGUGGCUCCAACAUUACACACACCAAAUCCAUUUGUGCUCAUAUGAGAGAGUGUGAAGGACGCUCUCUGCAGCACUUACAGCGACACUUGUUGAGGUGCUGCCUUCUGUCGCCAUCGUGUGGCAUUGCUGUCUUCAGACAUCUCUUGAUCUCUUUGACUACUUCAUGAAAAUUGUAAUACGCCUCGCCAGUGGCGGAUUUAAAGGUGAGGAGAGGAGCUGAUGUGAUUGGUGAAAACAGGUCUCGGCUGUGUUAAACCCAUUCCACGCCCUCUCUCCUCUCUCUCUACAACUUACGCCACUGGGAGGAGCUGAGUUAGGGAGGGGGGAUACUUACGCCGGGCUGUGCUGCUCACCAAAAUACCGAAUUGUGCUUGGGAACGCCUUGUCGGUGCGGUGGACCUGACUUUCGCCACGCCUGUGCCACGUCUCCAGCGGAGUAUGAAAAUAGAGCCCAAAAUGUUAAUAACGUAUACAUGUCUCUUCUUUGGACAAUUUCUAAAUGACUGAGAGCCUUUUUAAGACACUAUUAGUCCACAGUCAUGGUGGUACUGAAUCUAAACCGCAGCAUGUAUAACGAUGUUCAUGUGUGAGGGUGCAUUUUCUCUCACCAGUGAAGUCCUGGUUUGGAAGUUCAAUAUAGCAUAAAAUAUAUUCAGUUAUAUGUUUAAAAAAAGCCCCUUUUUGCUCAGUUAAUUCCCCCAUUUUUAUCGGUAGAGGCAAGAUUUUGAGCUACACCCUGUAGGGUCACUAAAAUAGAUAUGAUUAGUGGAGGAGGAAAUUGAAUAUAAAUGUUAUUCAAGCAGAUAUUUGAGUGCAAGCAAACUUUACGCACCCCAUCUGAUAAAUCUGGACACACUCCUGAGUAAGAGCGUAACCUUGUUUGUAAUAUAACAUCAAACAAGAGCACCUUUAUUUUUAUGCUGGUAACAGGAUCUGAAUCAUUAGUUCAGCAGCUGUGAGUGUUGCCUCUGUGUCCCAGGACUACACAACAGACUGAAGCUUUGACAUUGUCAUAAAUUUUGCUUGAAAUGUUAAGUGAGUAGUAAACUUGAAGUAUAAGAUGAGGUGGAGUGUCUUUAUUUGGAUCCAGAUCCAUUAGUUAAACCCACAAACCCACUUGGCCUUUCUGCACCAUCCUUUCUUUCAUUUAUUUCCCUUCAGUCUGCCAUUAACCCCCUACCAGAGUGGAUCUUUGCUGUCAACUCCAAGUGUGCCUGUUUUGAUAAAUGUACCCCCUGCACACACUCAGACACAAUAUGCACCAAAGAUUUGACCUUGUGAGUUGUGAAGGUCCGUGAUUGUAUUCUUUGGGUGAUGAACAUUUACAAAUGAACCCUGAGUGCAGUAAUGAUGUGGCUCUGAACUUAUGUAUGUGAAGCCUCUAGUUAACUCUUGGCUUUUAUCAGUGGUGUUAGCUUUCUGCUUGGAAGUGUAAUUUUGGGGUAAAGCCAUGAAAUAUGAUUCAAUCUUUCAAGUCCUCUUCUGGAUCAUUUAUUAUCACUGUGUGGAUCCCUUGACUUUAAAAUGUUAGUUUUCCAAGAACUUAAGGGGAUAUUCUGGCGUAAAAUUAAGUUAAGGGAAAGCAAUACAAAGCGUUCUCAGGAGCCAUGAGCACACCUCAACCAAAAUGCCACUCUAUAGCCACAAAUAAUGCUCAGAACAGCACCUAACUUCAUCAACAGUACACAUAGGGUCCCAGCCACAGCACUAGCCACCAAACAUCUUUUUACUCACCUACUCUCUUCCAGCAGCUGCUUGUUUGUAGGGAGACCUCGGACUAGUCCAUCAUCGACUGCAGCGGGGUGUCACAACUCAAGGAAGAACAUUUAUUAACACACAGUUCUGAGCAUUAUUUGUGGCUAUAGAGUGGCUUUUUGGUUGAGGUGUGCACGUUGCUACAGAGACCGCUGUGUAUUGCUGUAGUGUAUUUGUUAUUGAACUUGGUAUAACUAGAGAAGCAAGCGGUCGGCAACAUUCAUCUCUCGACGGGGUGUCUAACUCGGUGUUACAGUGUGUUUGACCCUUACUUAAUUUUACGCCGUAAUAUCCCUUUAAUAAUAAGUGACCAGAAAAAUCGCUGAACUCUUCUUCAGCUGUGGCAAACAUGCUUUUAAAAAUAGAAAAGUACUAUAAUGUUGGUGCUGUCAUUGUGAGUAUCUUGGUUUGAACUUCUGGCUCAAGAUAAAACUGUAUCCAAGUAUAGCUUCUUAUUACCUUUAACAUGGCAGUUUGUUUUCUUUGUAUCACCACUAUUAUGUCUAAUAUAUUUAUAUUAUAUUAUAUUAUAUUUAAAGAAAAUUGUGCAAAUCUUCCUCAAUGAAUAUGUUUUUGUAUCUUUCUUGUUAGGUUUCUGGCUGGGUCUCUUCAUAUGUGUUUUCCUCCAGGCGGGCUUCUUUUUUGUUCUUAUCUUCAAACUGAACUGGAAAAAAGUCACACAAAAGGUAGUAUCUUUAUCUUUCUUUUCACUUUAAUUGGCUUUAAUACCUCUCCAAAAAAGGGUUUAGUGCAAGGCCAUUACUGGGUGAAAUUUCACAUCUCAUAAAGUCUAGCAGCCUGACAGCAUUUUCCCUCUCAAAAUAAGGAUUUAGCCAUUUUCAAAAGUUUAGUUUUGAUUCAGUAACAUUAAAAUUAAUGACAGAUCUUUUUUUUUUUUUUGUAUUGCUCUCAGAUAUCUGUCUCAGCUCACCUUUAAAACACAAAAACAUUAAAUUUUAGUGGUGUAAACUGCAAAAACACACUCAAACAUUCAAAAGGAAUUGGACAGUUAAGUAGACCUUGCCAACAUUCAUAAAAUAAAUGUUUUUUUGUGUUUAAUGAACCUCACUCUGUGUUUCAAGGCUCAAAAACGAGCUGGAAAGAAAGCAGUAGUGCUACCAAAGCGUCGUAUGAGUACAGGCUUGAAUGAAGGGAUGGUGCCUGACAUCCCAGACUGCCCUGCUACCGUAAGUAUACCAAUCAAAUGUCAUCUCAAGUUGUUAAGUAUACAAAACAAGUGUUUGGGUUGUAGUGAGUCAUGCAUUUCAAUGACUUCUUUAUGUUGGAUUGGUCCUACUCAAGCUGUUUACUUGUAAUCUCUGCACUCUGUAGGCCCAUUUGGAUGGUGAAGAAAUCCCUAAAGCAGAAGGCUACAGUGCUGUGGACACUGAGGACCAAGAGCUGAAAGCUAAUCUCAAGGCCGAGAGCAACAACACAACAGCAGGAGGGACUGAGGGGGACAGCAAACAGAGCAAAAACACCAAACCAGAGGCCCCACUUUCUGUCACUCAGCUGAUUUUGCGCCGGGGACUCGUUUUGAUAGUGUCAAUUCUCACACUUGUUGCGGGAAUCUGCUUUCAUUUUGCUUUCCCUCCUCCAGAGCCUUCAGUGCAAAGCAUGAACAACUUCACCUUAAACUGGGCAAACGACUCCACUCCAGCUCCAGCAGCUCUACUGGACAUGACCACAGACCUCUAAGCCCUCAGACUGGAGAUGGCUAGUAAAUGAUAGAUUCUCAUAAACAGACUUUUUCAGGUUUCAAAGAGAGAGAAAUGUAUCGGUAUCCUGCCCGCCCCCCACCAUAGACUUGUCUACUCUUGUUGUUCUUAUGUACAACUUUAAUGUCAGCCAUCAGCAGCUCUGUUUUACCUAGAAAAAAAUACACCUCAUUUCUCUACUGCUGUGCAAAUGCAUCGAAAGCUUGAACAAACCAUAGUGAGACUUGCAGAGUGAACAAAGGUCUUCCACUAAAGGUAAUGUUUUAACCUGCCCAGUCUGAGAUGAGGACAAAAGGGUCACAUAACUCUAUAGAUCUCUAACUGAGGGCCCACGUGAGGAACUUUUUUUUUUUUUAAAUCCCGGACAGCUUGAUUUUUUUUUUUUUACACAUACCCUUAUCUUUCCUUACAUAUUGCUCUGUGACUCUGCAUUUGAACUGAGCCUCAAUUAUUAUGUUCAUUUCUGACUGUAUAAAGUUAAAGAGCACCUCCAUUGAAAUUUCAAAACAAUCAAAUUGUGGCCAUGAAAUAGUAAUUGUCAAUAAUCUCCAUGCAGAGGCCGUUUACCGUUCACAGCCCACUGGUAAAGCUCCAAUAAACACAUCAUUGGAUGGAACCAUAAAUUAAUAUAUAAGACCGAUGGCACGGGUGGUAAUGCUUGGGCAUUAUAAUAGAUCCUUACAUUAGUUAUGUGAGUGCUUGUGUAUCUGUGACUGGGUGCACAGCGCUGGAAUAUGCUGGAGUUGCAUCACUGCAAAGCACAAAAUUGAAAAGUUACAGACUUUUAUUGUGAAAUCAAGUUUUGUUAUAUGGUCUUUAUCUACAUAUCUGAAUUCUCGUGAAUUUUUUGUGGCAAAGAUUUUUUUUUCUCAAAGGUCAUCAGAGGGGCCUCGUGAAUUGUUAUAUAAUGUAAAAUUUGCAUGUGUACGGUACAUGUAAAUAUGUCCAGAGUAUAACUAUGAGCCAGUGACACAUAACAGACGUGUCUUCUUGUAUCACUGUCCCUUUGUACUUUUGUUAUUUUAGUACUUGGAGUGAAUUGUGAAUGAAAAACUACUUUUUUACUUUAUAUCUGACCACUGAUGUAAUGUCAUGUACUUUACUUUAUCAAAAUAAAUGCCUUUAAAUCUUAUCAUGAUGAAACCGACCAGUGGUUUCAUAAAAAAGACAAAAUAUAA